AAGCGGUUUUAGACAAGACUGUCUUUGCCUUCUGAUACAACUUUUUAAUAAGUGAUUAAUAAUCUAUUCAGGAGUCAAAAUUUAAAUUGCUUUAAAAUGUGGUUUGGAAUUCUCACAGGUUUUGAUUUUAGAGGGCAAAAUGGUCAGGUGGAGAUUUCUGUUUAGAAGUAUCUGCUGGUGAAGUGUCUCUAUGGUGCUUUGUCAUGGAAACUUCCUUACAAAUCAGUAGUGAAUCCUAUGUGUUUGAGUCCUCAUCCUCCCCAGAACUGAUCACGAAACAAAAAAAGUAGAGCAACCUUUUACCUUUAGUUCUAAAACAAGUACUUGGGAGUAACAGAAAAUACUGGCUAUUGACACUGUUCUUUCUGUUCAGACAGUUUCUGUGGUUGUGCUAGAAUUUCAUGUUAUUAGUUUAUGAAAAAUGCAAGUCGUAAAAACUUUUGUGGCUUCAAGUAUACAGUAGAUGUGAAUUAAGAAUCACUCAGGAUAAAUCAACAUGUCAAAAUAUUAAUAGAUUCCUAGUACUGGGGUGUGUGAUGUGUGUGUGUGUGUGUGUGUCAGUGUUCAAUGAUUACUUCUGUUUUCUUGCACAUAGUACAUAUUUUAGGGGUGGGUAUUACUAGCUGGUUGUUUAUGGACAAAUACCAUAUGAUUAAAUACAACAGAGUCAUUUAACACUUUUUUCAUAUUGAAGAUUCCAGGAAAAAGCUAAUAAAAUAUUUUUAAUAAUCAGCUACUCUUAAUACAUUUUAGAUUUACUAUGGUAGCUUUUAUUUGCUAUUAGAAGACCCCAAUAACUAAAUUGAUAUAUACACCAUGCUGCGUUUUUAAGAUUUGUAAUUCCUGUACUUGACAAUGAGUUUUUUGAUCUGUUUUUGUCCCUGUAAGAAUACAGGACUUGCUCUCAGUUUUACUAGCAAAAAAAACCAACAAAACCAUUCUGCAACGGUUAAAAGAUUAUUUUCUUACUUUUUUCAUCAUACAAGGUUUGUUUCUCUGAACUAAGGUUUCUGAGGAUUUUUACUAUUUAGCAUUAUUUAAUCUCAUAGAAGGAGCAUAAGCAGCACGUAGUCCCACUUCUUGUGGACACACAGGCUAGGCAAAAGGACAUGGCUUGGUGGUGUGAGCCCCUCUUGACCGGCAUAGCCCUGCUUGCUGGUAUGAGCCCCAGACGUUCGAGAUUCGGUACUGGUGACGGACUGAAUCAAACAGGUUUUUAAUAACCGUGACCUCUGCUGUAUGAUGUCCUUUAACCUGGGGACCAGGGAAAGUCUUCAUUCUUAGUCCUGAAGAAGGCACGUAUUGAAGAUCAUGUUAUUGGUGCAUGUAAGCCAUUAUCUUAACUGUCUUACUGAGCUGGUUCAUGCUGUUGACUUGUUGAAAUGUGAAAUGUAGUUACUAUUGACUUUGUAAAUACCUGCCAGAGAAGAAAUAUAAUUAUUUUAAAUCAUUGUAAAUAGAGAUGUAUAAAACUCGACACAAUCUGCAAUGCAGAAAAAAUUAUAUAUAUAUAUAUAUAUAUAUAUAAAUAUAUAAAGAUGUUAAAUAAAUAUCGUGCUGUUUCUGAACAGAAAUGAAUACUUGGUGAAUUGCUGGUUUUUAGAGGUGUGAUUCAGGCUGCUGAGGGUGGCACGGGCGGUGAGGGGCGUUCUCCCGGCGCGCCGGAGCCGUGAGGGAGGAUCUGGCGGGGCGGCGCUGCUCCGGAACGAGGCUCGCGGCGGCUUCGCGUCGCCACAGCGACCCCGGGCACGAGCCCGGGGGGCGGGGCGCGCGCCCGGCGGCGGAAGUUCCGCCCCGCGGCCGAGGCGGGCUGGGAGCAGGGCGCGGGUUGGUCGUCGCACAGGUCACUCAAGGCGCGGCGCCCGGGUUGGCCGCCUCGGGGACGGCCACUGGCUGGCACGUGAGCCCGGUUCCGCCUCCUGCCGCCGCCGCCACUGCCGGGGGCGCGGGGAGCGGGCGGAACCGCGGUCCCGCAGGAGCGGCGCCGUGAGGGGUGAGGGGGGGCCGGUUCGCUCCCCCUCAGCGGCAGCGCCCCCCGGCGGCGGGGCCGCGCCCACGUGACGGGAGCCGCCAUGAGCCGGCCCGAGGGGAUGCGCAGCAGCAGCUGCUCCCUGCAGGUGAAGUUCGUGCCCGACGAGGACGUCCUCAAGCACAUCUCCGACGACGCAGGAACUAGAGUACGGAAGGACAAGGCUCAGCUGAGUGUCAGUGUCAAGAGAUUUGUGAAGAAGCUUGAGAAUAUUUCUGAUAAUGAAGCUCAGGAGAUCCUGGAAGAGAAGAACUAUGUUGCUGCUCUUGGAAUAUGUGCCCCAGAUCCAGUGGGAAAUGGCUCAAAUAUAAGUGGUGGUGAAGUUUACUCAUUCCAGACUCCCAAACGCUCCAAUAAAAUGGCAGAGCUGGCCUCUGAAUUAGCCCAGACACCAGAACAGAAUGUGGCACCUGAUCACUCCAAGUGCCCUGAGAAGAUGGCCAAAACCCCUCAAAACAGCAAACGUUCAAGUUCAAACAAAGUGCAGCAGAGGAAUAAAAAGAAAGAAUUUGUGUCCACCACACCUUACAGACUCAGAAAGAGACUAGCAGCUCCAGAUCCCUAUUUAGAAAGUGAGAGUGAGUAUUCUGCUUCCUGCUCAGAGGAGGAGGAUGAGGACGAACAGAAGGAAGUCAGCACUGCUUUAUCAGAUCAAAAGACUCUGGCAAAAACUAAGGCUGCAUCUACACCCCCUCCCAGAAACAGCUUAGCCAAAAAAAAUAAGGAGCAAAAGAUGAGCAACCUGGUGGAGGAAUACUUUGAAGCUCACAGUAGUUCCAAAGUGCUCACUUCAGACCGAACACUGCAGAAGUUGCGGAAAAGAAGAUUGAAUCAGCAAACACUGCAUGAUCUUUUGAAAAAUGCUCCCCUUGCCUAUGCUGCUGAAAUUAGAGACCUUAACCAGCAACAUGAAUCCUUGUUUUCCAAGUGGAUGCUGCAAUUACACUUGGGUUUCAAUAUUGUGCUUUAUGGACUGGGCUCAAAGCGUGAUCUGUUGGAGAAGUUUCGUACCUCUUUGCUCCAGGAUUCUGUUCACCUGGUGGUUAAUGGAUACUUCCCCAGCAUCACUGUGAAAUCUAUUCUCAACUCCAUCACAGAGGAGGUUUUGGACCAUAUAGGGACCUUCCGCAGCCCCCUCGACCAACUUGAAUUCAUUACCAAAAGGUUCAAAGAAGAUUCAUCUUUAGAGCUCUAUGUCCUCAUUCAUAACCUGGACAGCCAGAUGUUGAGAGGAGAAAGAAGUCAGCAGAUCCUUGCACAGUUAUCCUCCCUGCCUAGCAUUUACCUCAUUGCCUCCAUUGAUCACAUCAAUGCUCCUCUCAUGUGGGAUCAGGCAAAGCUGAGCCUCUAUAACUGGCUUUGGUAUGAGACAACCACAUUUAAUCCUUAUGUGGAAGAAACAUCCUACGAGAACUCGCUUUUAGUACAACAGUCUGGAUCUUUGGCUUUGAGCUCCCUAAUACAUGUCCUGCAUAGCCUCACUCUCAAUGCCAGAGGGAUAUUCAGACUGCUUGCUCAGCACCAGCUGGAGAAAAAGGACAAUCCAUCUUAUCCAGGGCUGUCUUUCCAAGACUUUUACCAGCAGUGUCGGGAGGCUUUCCUUGUGAACAGUGACUUGACACUCAGGGCACAGCUGACAGAAUUCAGGGACCACAAACUCAUCCGGACCAAGCGGGGAGCUGAUGGUGUGGAAUACUUACUAAUUCCUGUCGAUGACAGUACCUUGACCGACUUCUUAGAGAAAGAGGAUGAAGAUGUGUAACAUCUGUGUCCUCAGUGUCUACAGCAACUGCUCUUAAUGGCUGCUGGAGUGGCCUAUGCUCAGAUCUCUCUUUCUCCAGCCUGACAGCUGCUGCACUGAUAAGUAAUAAUUCUAAUGAAUCUUGCUCAUUGUUCAACUACCUCAGGUAGUUUGGAAUGAUGACUUCUGUAAGCAAGGCCUCUCUUGCACUCUAGUUGGAUUUUUUGCUUUGUCUCUUAGCUCAGACAAUGCCUUCUUCCUAUCUGUGCAUCCAACCUCACAGCCAGAAAAACAAACUUGGUGAGAUUGUGCCUUCUGUUCUCUACCUCAGUAGACAAGAAGGUUUUAAUGGAGCAAUUUACUUGGGAAGUGCAAAUCACAAGAUGGUCAAGAGCUUUAGUUUGUACUAGUGGUGUAAAUUUUCUCAUUGGAGUACUAUCCAGUACUCCUCUACCGUUUAGACAAAACUAGCUUCCAGUGUAUGAAGACAAGAUUUUUAAUGCUACAAGACCUGCCUUGACUGCAUGAGGAAAGGAGAAUAUGAGUGGGUUUGGGAUGCUGCAGGUAACUUAGUAAAUUCUGGCAAUAAAACUGAAGGACUUGUCCCAAACAUACAUCCUUUUAUAAGAUUUAGAUAAGCAAAAUUACAAUGGACUCAUGUCAUUGCCUGCUACUUUCCAAGGUGCAAUCCAGGAAUAUGAAGAGGCUAUGAAGCUUUUUUGUUUAUUUUUUUAAAGCUUGAUUGUAUAUUUAUAUUUUUUACAUCAGGAGUGCCCACUGAUCCUGGAGGAGGCCUUAAAUGCCGCUUAGAAGCUCUCCCUUUUUUUAAGCUCUUAAAGGUUGGGAGGCUGCUGAAGUUUGACAUCUUUUCUUCAAUUCUUUUUUUCUCAGUUGUGUGAGAGGAAGCUCUAUAGUUCCAUCAUCUGUAGUCUGCCAGCCAGACUUCAGGGACUCUCUAUGCCUAAUAUUUGGUAGCUGUGUUACAGCUCAGUGUUGUAAUAGUUCAAAUCAAUCAAAUAAAGUACUUUAUUAAUUUUAAUUAGUUUGUCUUGUCUUUUCACAAUCUUUUGAUGUUACAGGAAGAUAGAGUUCCUUGUGGCAGUUGUGCAAAAGCUUCAUUUUUGUUAUUAUGUCAAAUAUCCGUGCAGAAGAUUUCAAACUACUGAGUAAAAAUAUUUUACGUUGUUUCUUACAUCAAAAUCAAGAAUCGUUUGCCUGCCUUUUAAUACCAGUAGCUAGCUUUUAAAGAGAACCAAAACAUCCCCUGGAGCAAUAGUACCUUAUCUGCCCCUCACUGACAGAAGCAAGAAAGAUGUAUGGCCUGACUUUUGUAUUAGAAACCUACCCCACUGUCAACUUGAUUCUUCAUAUAGGUCCUUUCCCUUUAUUUUGGAUAGAAGAAAUUCCUUCUCACUUCUCAGCAUACUGAGGUGCCUUCAUGGUAUUGGUAAGAAUGAUGACCUUUAUACAGCCUAGGUAGCUUCAGAUAAACCAGUCAUCUCUUUCCACUUAAAUACAUUUAAGUGGAACAAAACAUGCAGUUAUUAGAUGAGGACAUUGCCUGAUAAGCCACUUUUAUUAACAUAAAAGGAUAAAACUUUAUUAACUUAAAAGGAUAGAUAAAUUUCGAAUGAAAUAUAUUUACCAUCCAGAGAUGGUAGGGUAUACAAGUGUGAGAUUUUUAUUUUCUUUAAAAAAAAA